CCCCGAUGCCACCACAGUUGACGCUUUACUGCUUUAGAAUAUUAACGUUACCCAGUUUGUUUAACAUUCAAUUGAAAGCCGAAAAGAAAUAUUAUUUCAUAAAUCAAGAUAACAAUCUUAUAUUAUUAAAUUAAAUUCAGAGGUCAUAUUCAAAGCGCGGGAAAAAUUGCGCGCUUUCUGUUCAUACGAUUAAGAACAAAGGCUUUGUGUCAUUCAUCCUUGUGUUUUGGAUACUGAUUCAUAUAUCAGUGAUCAUGCCGUCCGAGGUUAUAACUGACAAGUCCUUGCAGCGUGAACUAGCUGACUCCAUCAUCCGUAUGGUGCCAUUGGAUGAAAUACGCAUAUUGCUCGCUUGUGGGGCUAAGGUAAACGAGCCCGUGACCCAGGGCCUACGUCCACUGCACUACGCAAUCUGGCAGAGAUACUUGGAGGCGACAAGGCUUUUGCUUGUUCGAGGCUGUGAUAUAAACGCUAGAGACGAUUGUGGUUACAGCGCACUGCAUCUAUCCGCCGAACACGGAUACAAGGAGUUAGUGAAGCUGCUGCUGGAGAGUGGAGCAGCUGUUGAUUACCGUCCAGAUACCGGCGAGGAGUUCCCUCGCACCACGCUCUGCGAUGAACCCCUCAGACUCGCGAUACGUAACAAACAUUAUGAAGUCGCCCGUCUUCUUCUGGAACACGGUGCUGAUCCAAACAAACGUUACUUCUUCGGUUCAGAGAUCAAUCUCGUCUCGGACCCCGAGUAUUUGGAGCUGUUGCUGAUGUUUGGAGCCAAUCCUGACUCCAGGGACAGAGCUGGCCUUACUCCGUUGAUGAAGGCUGCUAGACAAAGAAAGGGUAUCGAGUCAGUGCUGAUGCUGAUCAGCUACGGAGCGGACGUCAACGCGAUCGCCGACGCGAGGAAUGACUACCGAACGGUCAUGCAUUACGCCGUUUUGGGUGGCAGCACAGAAGUUGUGAAUCUCUUGAUCAAGCAAGGGGCCAGAGUGAACUAUGAAUGUCCGGACUUGAAUAAGCCGAGUCCAUUAGACCUCGCGAUAUUGAAGGGGGAUGUGGCUAUGCUGCAACUACUGUUAUCUGCUGGAGCUCAAGUAAAUUCAUCCAGCUCGGUUAUCGGUACACCUCUACACGUGGCCUGUUCAGACAACAUAUCGAAUAGAAAGGAAAUUGUUAAGAUCCUUCUAGAAAGUGGUGCAGAUCCAAAUCUAAAAGUGUACAAUGAAGAUGACGGCGCUCAACUGCGACCAGCCCUAGCGGAGUACCUCGCCAGUAACACGGAGCCCUGUACAGAGACUGUAGCCUUAUUGCUUAGAUAUGGAGCUAGGGUGAUAAUGAAAACCCAGUUCCGUGACCCGGACGGCAUCCUGAACCAUCUCCAAAAUGUCACCUCUGAAGAUUACGAACAUAUAUUCUUCCGUCUCCUAGAAGCCGCAGAGGCCUUCGACUUAUGUAUGAUAAAGAGAAAUAACGUUCUGAAACCCAAUCAAAAACAGCGCUUAAUUGAAAGCGCUAAGACUCCAAUUUCCUUACUGGCUCAAGCGAGAAUAUAUCUGCGUAAAUUCUUCGGCACCGCACUCGUAAACGUUGUUAAAAAACUAGAAGUACCGAUAACUCUUCACAGUUACUUGCUUUUUGAGUAUAAAUAAAUUCGUUGGUAAAACUAAUUCUUGGCAUUAUUUUACAUUGUGGCAGAACGUCAAAUUCUUUUGCCCAUUAGUUAAGUUUUUAUUCAAUGUUGCUAGCUGUCAAUGUCACCUCGCGUAAAGGGGUAAUUGUACAGGGAUCGAAAUGAAGGGACUUUAUUGAUUUUUAUGCAAUCUACGGGCAUCGGAGAUGUAGUUCCGAAGAACUAGACUUUAAAUUGCUGGCAGUUUGUAUUCUUAUAAGUAGUUAUAAGGUAAUGAUGGAUUAUAUAAACGUUUCGUAGAAUUAUGUAAAACAAUAUGUUUUAUGACUAGCUUUGGGUUGUUAAGGUCAUUGUUUAUAUAACGAAUAUAUAAUUACAAAAUAGAAAAAUAUUUUUUCAAUCAAUAUUA